AUGGACGCCACCGCGCGCCCAGCCAUCGUCAUCGACAACGGCACAGGGUAUAGCAAACUUGGAUUUUCUGGGAACUCAGAGCCGUCUUUCACUCUCCCUACUGUCGUAGCUGCGAACGAAUCUUUUCUAGACCAGACAGAGCUGUUGAGUAGUUCAAACUGGAUAGCGCAGUAUAAUGCAGGCAUCAUGGCUGAUCUUGAUUUUUUUAUUGGAGAUGAGGCUCUGUCACGGUUUAGAUCUAGUGGGCUGUACACACUAAGAAGUCCAAUCCGUCAUGGUCAGGUUCAUGACUGGGAUACAAUGGAGAGAUUUUGGCAGCAAUGUAUUUUCAAUUAUCUACGUUGCAAUCCUGAAGAGCACUAUUUCCUUCUUACGGAUAGUCCUGUCAGUACACCUGAAAGUCGUGAAUGUACAGGAGAAAUAAUGUUCGAGACCUUCAAUGUCCCUGGACUAUAUAUUUCUGUUCAGUCUGUCCUCAGCCUUUCUGCUGGAUAUGCCUAUCUGAAAAGUAUUUCUGAUGACGAUUCAGAUACCACGUCUGAUAUGACAGGAGUAGUAGUUGAUAUUGGGGAUGGAGCUCCACAAGUUGUGCCAGUUGUAAAUGGCUAUGUAAUUGGGAGUAGCAUAAAGUCUUUUCCUUUUUCCGGAAGUGAUGUAACCCAGUUUGUUUCGCAGCUUUUACAGGAAAGAGGUGAGCUUUUGCCACCUGAGGAUUCUUUAGAUAUAUCUCGUAAAGUGAAAGAAAUGUAUUGCUAUACUUGUUCAGACAUUGUCAAGGAGUUCAAGAAGCAUGACAAGAAGCCUGAUAAGUACAUCAAACAUUGGACAGCUGUUAAACCAAAGACUGGGGUCCCAUAUACAAUUGACAUUGGAUAUGAACGCUUUCUUGGGCCAGAGAUCUUCUUCAAUCCUGAGAUUUACUCUGCCGAUUUCUCCACUCCUUUACCUGAGUUGAUUGAUAACUGUGUUCAGUCUGCACCAAUUGACACAAGGAGAGCUCUGUACAAGAAUAUAGUAUUAUCUGGUGGAUCUACCAUGUUUAAAGACUUCCACAAGAGACUCCAAAAUGAUAUAAAGAAGAUAGUGGAUGAGCGUGUUGCUGCGACUAAUGCCCGUCAUCGUGUGGAAGUGAAACCUAUUGAAGUCAACGUGGUUGCUCAUCCAAUACAGAGUUACGCAGUUUGGUUCGGGGGGUCAGUAGCUGCAUCUAACCCUGAAUUCUUUGAGUUUUGCCACACAAAGGAGGAAUACGAGGAACAUGGAGCCAGCAUCUGCAGAACAAGCCCGGUUUUCAAAGGAAUGUACUGA